CAUAGAGAAGGCGGUGUUUAGAAAUUUUCCACCUCUAGAGGCACUACACAUAUUUGGACCCCUACAAAAUUGUAUCGUUUUUAUUGAAAAAUAGGCAGAGACAGAAAUGCUUACCUCCAAGCGAAUUUCGGGUAAAGCCCGUAGCAAGAGAAAGAACUUGGUGGUGAAAGUGCCCAUAAGGAAUCCAAAGCAGCAGCGCUUCUUAAAGACACGGUUCAAGGCUUCGAGGCGAGUUUCAAAGCAAUUCUCUGUGCCACCGAACCUGCGUGUCUGGCGGCGGACUGCAGUCCAAACCAAGCUCAAACCGAAGACUAACCUGCCAAAGCUGUUCCGAUUGGACAGGCUGACGGGAUUGCCGGUGGACUACGAGCAGACCGUGCAGCAGGUGAUGCACUACGUGAACCCCCGCCUGGUGAGCAAGCCCAAUGCCGAGCAGGUGAUGGAGGAGCUGCUGACCAAAAUGUUUGUCGAGGUGGCACGCCAGGAUUGCCGAAAACGCAUGCGAGCCGACCAACUGAAGUCCUUCCUGAAACAGAAAUACUCGAGCCGCCAAAUGGACGAGCUCGAACAGACCAGGAGGGAAGCUAACGAGAGUUUGAGCCAUUUCCACAGCGCUUGCAAGCAAGGACCUCGCAGGGAACCCGGCUCCAAACUUGUCCCUACAUAUAUGAGCAAGUUCAACUUCAACCAGUUGAGAAUCAAAAGCACCUGAAAUGUGUAAAAGGCGUCAUGUCAAUGGUGUCUAACUGCGCAUAUUGCCAAGAGUUUUGGAAGUAAUUGGAUCAAAGUAAAGUUUUUUUCACUUAAGAGUGUUUAGCUUUGCGAAGGAAGUUUUUUUGUAUAAUAAUUAAUUAAAGCAGUAUUGCCUAAGAAAGGUUAGCUGUUAAAUAAACAAAUCUUUAGUCAAUCUGGA